GGAGCGGCGGCGUCUGCAGCUGGAGUCCCGCGCUCGCUCGCCCGCGCGCUCGUUGAGACCGCGCGCGGUGGCCCGGGAGCCCCUUGCUGGAUCCGCGAGCGUCGCCCCUCUUGCCCCGAGCUCAUCCUCUUCCUCUCGCGCCGCCUGCAGCUGCCCCGGCGCGGGGAGCCGACAGGGCCCCGGGGCAGAAGGUAAAAACCCCCACGGAAGAAACAUGAGGUUCCCCUGGAAAUCAUUCAAGAGGAAGAUGGAAGGGGCUGUCUAAAAAGAGAUUGAAAGCUGCAGACCGCAAGCCUGGGGCCAGAGGGCUGGCAGUGGAAAACCCUGUUGGGUUGUGAUCUCUCAUUGAAAAGUCCCAGUUGCCCUUUUGCUUCCUGCAGGGGGAAGGAAGAGAAGGAGAAGACCAUGUCCAUAGCCUUGAAGCAGGUGUUCAACAAGGACAAGACCUUCCGGCCGAAGAGGAAAUUUGAACCUGGCACGCAGAGGUUCGAACUCCACAAACGGGCUCAGGCAUCCCUCAACUCAGGCGUGGACCUGAGGGCAGCUGUGCAGCUGCCCAGCGGGGAGGACCAGAACGACUGGGUGGCGGUGCACGUGGUGGACUUCUUCAAUCGGAUCAACCUCAUCUACGGUACCAUCUGUGAGUUCUGCACUGAGCGGACCUGCCCUGUGAUGUCAGGGGGCCCCAAAUACGAGUAUCGGUGGCAGGAUGACCUCAAGUACAAGAAGCCGACUGCACUGCCAGCCCCCCAGUACAUGAACCUUCUCAUGGAUUGGAUUGAAGUCCAGAUCAACAAUGAGGACAUAUUUCCAACGUGUGUGGGUGUUCCCUUCCCAAAGAACUUCCUGCAGAUCUGCAAGAAGAUCCUGUGUCGCCUCUUCCGGGUCUUCGUCCACGUCUACAUCCACCACUUCGACCGGGUCAUUGUGAUGGGCGCGGAGGCCCACGUCAACACCUGCUACAAACACUUCUAUUACUUCGUCACUGAGAUGAACCUCAUAGACCGCAAGGAGCUGGAGCCCUUGAAAGAGAUGACGAGCAGGAUGUGUCACUAACGCCCCAUCUUACCCUACGGAAGGAAGAGGAAAAGCUGUUUCCUCCUGGAGUCCCGGGCCGGCGGGAGGGAGACCUCCCUGGCUGAAAGCGCGCACCUACUUCCAGGAGCAGGCAAGCUGGAGACCAGCGGUAACUCCUGAGAGAUGUUCCCCGCUCACUUCGUGUGCUCUUAACCGUCUGAGCGCUGCUAGCCGUGACCUGUGGACCUGACCAGGAGAGAGGGACGGCCCCUCACCCAUCCUGGAGGAAGGAAGCCUCUGCGCUUACAUGUGUGUCGCAGUUCUGCCUGUGACCUGCCACCUAAGCUUUACUGGAAUUCAGGUUUUGAGACUGACAUACUUACUUGUACUUUUCCACUUACCUGUCUCGUCGGCCGGCUGCCUUUUCUGUAACGUGUUUUCUAAGUACCCAGUGAAGUUUGGAACUCUGGAUGCACAGCCAGUUUUUCUCUAACAAGCCUUCCUGUGCGGUCCCUGCAGGCUCUGGCCCUGAUGCCGUGGUCUUGGCUGGGAGGUCUGAGGCCCGUCCCACAGCAUCAGUGCAGUUUCCCGCACAAGCAGUUUGACCAGACACCACUCCACGGGGUGGCUCGUCUUGCCCCAGAUAGGGUCUGCACACUUCCAUUGCAGGGAAGAGACUGGUCUCUAGCCUAAGGCUAACUAGUUACCAGUUCACCCUCGACAGAAUGUGCUUUUUAUAACCACACCAUUCCUUGUCUCUUCCGUUCAAGAUAUUUUUUUUCCCCCUGUUUCCCCGAAGAGAGAAAUAAAAGGAAGUUAUAAAUGACCAAGAAUGAUCAGCAGAUGCCCUCAGCCAAAUUAGUGCAGUGUUUGUUCAUUAUUAAAGGGCGUGGUGGCUGUCUUCACACAAUACUGAAAUUUCAGUGAAAAAAAAAAAACCCAACAAAAGUACAAUGGGUAAUUUGGUGCCUGUAGCUCAAAUGCCCCGCCCAUUGAUUCGUAAUCGUCCCAGACGGCCCUCUGAGCUUCUAGAUCCAGCCGAUGUUUUCUUCCUCUUCCUCUGCGCUCUCCCUUCCUCUGCCCUAUGAUAUUAUGGCACAAAGUUAAUUUCUGCCCGGAUGAUGCUUGCACCACAGUUGCCAAGGUAACAGUGGAGCUGGAGCCAACUUCCUUCUCCCAUCCUUCCCAGUGUUUCUGUCCCAGUAGACAGAAUCAUUCUGUGCUACAUCCUGCCUUUUGAAAGCUAAGUGACUUUUAGCUGAAGCAAUGUUGCCUUCUCUGAUUCAUUCGCAAAACCAUGGUGGUCCUGAGAGCCUAUGACUACGGGGUGAUGAUACUUCCAGUGAGCAUUUGAAUUCGACAAAAUAGCAGUUGGUGGAGGGAUGUAGAUAAGAAUGUAUUAGGGCAUUUCAAUGUAAUACUAAUUAAAGAAUAACUCAACA